CUCGCCGUCGCCAUGGGCAAAGGAGACCCCAACAAGCCGCGGGGCAAGAUGUCCUCGUACGCCUUCUUCGUGCAGACUUGCCGCGAGGAGCACAAGAAGAAGCACCCGGACUCCGCCGUCAACUUCGCCGAGUUCUCCAAGAAGUGCUCCGAGAGGUGGAAGACCAUGUCUGCCAAGGAGAAGUCCAAGUUCGAGGACAUGGCCAAGAGCGACAAGGCCCGCUACGACCGCGAGAUGAAGAACUACGUGCCCAGCAAGGUGGAUGCUAAGGCGAAGGGCAAGAAGAAAGACCCCAAUGCGCCCAAGAGGCCCCCGUCGGCCUUCUUCCUGUUUUGCUCGGAAUAUCGCCCCAAGAUCAAGAGCGAGCACCCCGGGCUGUCCAUUGGGGAUACGGCCAAAAAGCUGGGGGAGAUGUGGUCUGAGCAGUCCGCCAAGGAUAAGCAGCCCUACGAGCAGAAAGCGGCGAAGCUGAAGGAGAAAUACGAAAAGGAUAUUGCUGCAUACCGUGCCAAGGGCAAAAGUGAAGUAGGAAAGAAGGGUCCUGGCAGGCCUACAGGUUCAAAGAAGAAGAAUGAACCAGAAGAUGAUGAAGAGGAUGAGGAGGAGGAGGAAGAGGAAGACGAGGAGGAGGAGGAAGACGACGAAGAAUAAAUGGCUAUUCUGUAAUGAUAAUGGAUGGGGUUUGUGUGCGCUCAGGCAAUUAUUUUGCUAAGAAUGUGAA